AGCUGUCACUAAUACAGAGGUGGAAGAAUGUCUCGGAUUCAAGUUUGGCUUAAACAUGGAUGGCCCAGGACUAGAAGGCAAAGGAAAAAUACAAAAUAAAAAAUGUGACAAAGUUAUUGGUAAAAAAGAGGCAACCCCAGGUAAAUCAGGUGUCAUUCACAAAGUCAUUUCUUUUGUUGAGGGAGGGACAACAGCUUUUGCUGCGAAAACUCAAUGCUAAACUUGAACAUAAUGAAAAAAUUGACAUUGAUGAUUUCGUGGAAUGGGCUGCUUCCCUAGACAAAAAUCCUGUGAUUUUAAAGUCUAAGGU